GGUUUCCAGCAUCUGCAGUCAUUGUUUUCACCCAGUGAGAUGAGUCAGCCUAGGUUGCGAAAGAGCGAAGCAGUCCUUCAACUGUUGAAGCCAAUGUCCCCAGGAGCGGAUUUCCACAGAUAGCGCGGCGCCUCACCAUGGUCCUCUUCUCUUCUCUGACCCCCGUUAUUAUUGCACUAAUGUGCAUUUGUCUGGCUGCUCUGUGGAGCAGUAAGCGAAAAGCAAGGAGAGAUCGAAAAGUGGGAACCGAAGACAGAGUUAAUUCCAAACCCUGGGCGGAUGAAGAUUUGCGAGUUGACAAGGCUGAGAGUUUUCUUAAUGAUGAACCUGAGGUGCAGCAUAUUCCAUAUUCAUCACAGCGUUAUUCAGAGGAUGAAAUGAUCCGCAGAGCCAAUGAGUUUUACCAACUGAUGAAUGCACGAAGGAGUGUCCGCUUUAUCAGUGAGGAAGCAGUGCCCAGGGAGGUGAUUGACAGCGUCAUUAGGACAGCAGGUACUGCUCCAAGUGGAGCACAUACAGAGCCCUGGACCUUUGUAGUUGUACAAGACCCAGAAACAAAACAUCGAAUUCGUGAAAUCAUUGAGGAGGAAGAAGAGGUUAACUAUAAGAAGAGGAUGGGGAAGAAAUGGGUCUCUGACUUAAAACAAAUGAGGACACACUGGAUUAAACCCUACCUUGACACUGCACCCUAUCUCAUCCUUGUAUUUAAACAAAUUUAUGGAAUCCUACCCACUGGCAAGAAGACCCAUUAUUACAAUGAGAUCAGUGUUUCAAUUUCCUGUGGUAUUCUCCUGGCAGCUCUGCAGAAUGCUGGCCUUGUGACAGUCACUACAACACCUCUGAAUUGUGGUCCUCGGGUGCGUGUUCUUCUUGGGCGCCCAAAGAAUGAAAAGUUGCUGCUGCUGCUGCCGGUUGGUUACCCAGCGAAAGAUGCUACCGUACCAGACUUUAAGCGCAAGCCACUGGAUGAGAUUAUGGUGUCUGUGUGACUUGGAGUAUGUCAGAAAGUCUGCAGACUGGAAGUUCUUGAAGUAAAUAUUGUUUAUAGCACUUUAGAAGCCGGAGUGUCUCCAUAAAGUCUCUGAAGACAGGACUGCACCUUGACUAACCUCGUGAUGUCGGAAAUCUAUGACACUUCAUCCAGGGUCCUAUUAUGGAGAAUUGAAGACAUCAUAUCCAAUUACCAAGAUUAGGAAUAUUGAGCAUCUUGUUCCAAUUCCUGACCUUGGGGAUAUAUAAUACCUUGUAAAUCCAAUUGGCUAUACCAAAUACUCAAAAUUUUGAAACUAGCUGAAAUCCCUACAUUUCAAAAGUGUUCAAACUCUCCAUAAUGGCAAUAUAGCGCAACUUUCUUGAAACUGUCAAAACUGUCGCUGAAAUGUCACAAAGCUUGUUCUGAUUCCCAAGAAAAGCAAAACUGGGAAUAUCUGGGAAAUGAGCUGGUUACAACACAGACUGACCAAUGGGGAAUUGCUGAGCUGGGGGUUCACUCCAAAGGGAGAGACAGGGCUUUAACCAAGACGCAACCCAGUGGAUCGUAAAUAAUCAGAAUUAGUUAGAUAGAAAGGGAUAGGAAUUAAAAUGAAAAGGAGGAUGUCAUAAGUGGAGAGACUUGUGAGCAAAGUAAUCAGGACAGUCAUCUACAAUUCCUGUGCCAUUUAAACACCAGGAGGUUAUCAAGUGACCUGCAUAACCAUGUGUGAGAAGUGCCUCUCGUUACUCAAGUUCAAGAUUUCUAGUAUUGAAGACCAGCAGGAGGCACUGCAAAGCAGACGGGAUGACAAUUUCUGGAAAAAUAGGUUUUAGGAAGUGGUCACCCAUGAUUACAAAGUAUUGAGGAGAAUACUAAAUGGGUGGCCUACCUAAAUACCACCAGGAAAGGAAGAGGUAAUCAGAGAAGGAAACCAUUGAGAGUGUAGUUCUCAAACUAGAUUGAAGUGCUGUAGAAGACAGUGAUAUCUCAGGGAAGUGCAGACUGGAACUCUUCCUCAGCACUAUGGAGUGCAGCAGUGCAAAGUAAUACAGUGGUCAUAAGAAAACACUAUUCAGAGGGCGAGGCAGGUAUUUCUGUAACCACUGACAUGAGUCCUGCACAGUGUCUCACCUCUCUGAUGCCAGGGUGAAGGACAUCGCUGAGAGGAUACAGAAUAUUUUGAGGAGCGAAGGUGAACACCCAGAAGUCAUGGUGCAUGGGGGAACCAAUGCUGUACGAAGAAGAAGGGGCUUUGGUCAUAGAGUCAUCAAGAUGUAUUUCAUGGAAGCAGACCCUUCAGACCAACUUGCCAAACAGCUA